AUUAUGGCAAAUAAUAAAGAACAAACAACUGCUCGUGAUUAUAUUAAAUCAUUUGUAAAAGAUACAAAUACAGAGGAAUUCUUAAAACAGGAGCAACCACACUAUGUUCCUACACAACUUCUUCAAUCCCCACCAACACCCAUAAUUGAACAAGAUAAAGCAUCCACAAAUCCCGUUCCAGCACCUAAUCAUUACAGUCUACACUCACCAACACAAAACCCGAUACCCUCUAAUGAACAUGAUCAUCAAGAAAAGGAAUCGCAACCUCAAGUUGUGUGGACUUCUCAUGAUAUUAAAGAACAAAGAAACGAAAUUCACGAAGCAUCUUUAAUCCUCUGUGCUGAUCUACAUGAAGAUCUUUUCACUUGUUUUAAGCAUGGAAGCUGGUGGGAUAAAGCCAAGAUGUGUGAAGAACAAAAACAAAAAUUUUGGAAUUGUUAUAAUGCUCAAAAGCAAUUUUUGAGAGAAGUGAAUUAUAAAGGUCCUGGAAUAACAGAUGAUGAAAAUCAACAUAUUCUAUCAAAAGCUUAUCAACUUCGUGAUAAAAUUGAUCAACAACAGCAAACAGCACAACAAAAAUAAAAAAAAGGGCGGAAUUUUAAUAAAUACUCCAUUCAUUUUUUUUUUUUAAAAAAAAAAAGAGAGAAAAAAAAAUCUUUUU